UGCGCUGACUUGCACUUCAUGGAGCUGGCAACUGCUGAAAGUGCCACCAUGUUAAACCAAGAAUCCGAAUCACCAACUCAAAAUGCGUUUGAUCCGGUCAUGAACAGACACAGACCUGCUUCAGAGAAAACACAGGAUAUUUCUCAUGUGCUGGCCAGCAUCUUCAAAGACCUAUACACAGCAGAGGUUAUUGGAAAAGACACAGUGGCUAAUCUCACAAAGUCAAGAAGGGGAGGCAACAGUUACCAUGACAGAUACGUGGAGGAACUUCAACAGAUCCAUUUGGAGUAUAACCGGCGGAUGAAUGAGGCUGAUAUGCUCGAGAAGCACAUCCUUAAGGCCCGGCUCCAAGCCUCAGCUAAAGAGGAGCGGGUUUACAACAAUAUAGUAGAGGAAGUGGGAGACGCCUACCAUCAGCUGGGCCUACCUCCAGUAAAAUCAACUUUUAAGUGGUGUGUGGACAACAGUCUCCUUAAAAGCAAUAACUUGAUUUGUCCAGAGGAUUACAUUACAGAAGAGGCUCCGCUCAUUAAACCACCCAGAGGAAAACUGACACCAGGGUUUGCCAAAACAACAGUUUGCUUCGAUAAGCAUAUCAACAGACUGCCUCAGGACGAUGGGUACACUGAAAUUCCACCCCCUGACAGGAUGGCGCAGAGCAUGCUGAAGGAUUCAGAGGAGACCCUUAUGCUCCCCUCAACUCCAGAGUCAAGCACCUUGUCCCAAAACAAGCCCAAUGGGAAGCCCAGCCAGGACUGCAGGCCAACGUGGAUGGGGGGCCUCAGCGAGAGCCGCAGGGCUGAGGAGAGGGCCGCGCUGCUAAAGCUAAAGGAGCGACACAACUUCCUGCGCAACCCCCGCUUCCUGCCCCCACAUGCCCACCGCGGAGGGAAGUCCCUCAUCCUGCCCCCGAAGAGGGCUGAGAGGCUGCCUUUCUUUUCCAACAGCAGCCCAGAGGAGCCAGUCCCAGUCUUUCUGGCUAAUCCUCCCAUUGUCUUCUUUACAGACUACAGAGUGGGACAAGUUUAUGAGACCACGGUGGAGCUGAGGAACAUGACUGCCACCAGCCGCCAUGCCCGUGUCAUCCCCCCUACAACACCAAACUUCUCCAUCGGUCUGGGUAAGUUCCCAGGUGAAGGGGGUACUGUCGCCCCUGGCAUGAGCUGCCAGUACACAAUCCGCUUUGCCCCAGACUCGCUGGCUGACUUUGAGGACUUCAUCCUGGUGGAGACUCAGGCCCCAUAUCCCCUCGUUGUGCCCAUCGAGGCUCGGCGACCCCCUCCCAUCCUGACCCUACCCAGUGUGCUGGACUGUGGUUAUUGUCUGGUGGGUGGGGUGAAGAUCGUGGAGUUCCUGUGCCAGAACGAGGGCCUCAGUGAUGGGACCUUCUGUAUUAUGCCAAAGAGACUGUGGCCAGCCUCCAACUUGCGGUCAGUGGUCACUGGCAGCUUUGCUGAGCAGCCUCCGUUUGGUGUCAGCCCCUGCCUUUUUGACCUGCUCCCUGGUCAGGCCACCAUGGUGGAGGUUGCCUUCUUCCCCACCGCUCCUGGAAGCUGCUCUCAGGUCUUCACCAUAGUGUGUGACAACUGCCAAGUGAAGGACAUCACCAUUCAAGGUACAGGGCAGCUGAUUGCCUUGGAGUUGGUGUCUGUGACUGGUGGGGAGGACCGGCCAGCCCUGGGGGAGCUGUGUGACCUGACGGCUGAGCAUUUCAUCCGCUUCGGCAGUGCCAACCCCCAUUUUCUGCUUCAGAAGACACUGGUCAUAAGGAACAAUGCUCACCUGGAGCUGCCGUUCCAUUGGCAGAUCAUGAAGCCCAACCUGCAGGAUCCUCUGCUUGAGGAAGAGCAAGAUCCUGCCCACAUCCAGUACCAGUUGGCUACGGAGGGUGUGUUUGACAUCAGCCCGCAAGUCGGCUCGCUCGCCCCCCACCAAGAUCACGAGUUCCUGCUGAGCUACUGCCCCCUUGAGUUGAAGGAGUACCAUAGUGUGUGUCACCUGGUUGUGAGGGACAUCCCAGAUCCUCCCAAAGAACCCGAUGAUAAAGGUACACCUCAACACCUAGAGGUGGCCACUAACGUGAAUGAUGUCAUUGUAAUGGAGAUUGAGGUAAAGGGGUCAACUGAGCCCUACAAGGUCCUGCUGGAACCCUAUGCCAUUCACUUCCCUGGGGAGACCUUUAUUGGGACAGCCAUCAGGAAACGUUUCAAGAUGUGGAACAACAGCAAAUCUUGCAUCCAGUUUCAAUGGGACAGGCUGUGCAACUGUCACAUAAUGGAAGUGGAGCCCCCUGUGGGUGAAAUAGAGAUGAACGAGUGUUGUGAUCUGGAGCUGGUGCUGACAGGAGGGAAGCCUGGUCCGUUUGUGACCAGCCUGCUGUGCCACAUCCAGUACCACUGCCAACCCGUUGCCCUGGCCGUGGAGGCCACUUUCAAGGGCCCCAAGCUGAGCAUCAGUGUUCCCAGUCUGGACCUGGGCCUGAUGAAGCUGGGAGACCAGGCCCAGUCUAGCAUCCAGAUCACCAACAACACCCAGCUGGAGGCCUCUUGGAUCUUCCAGGAGCAGCCAGAAGGCCGGGACAACAAUGAAAUGCAGAUCAGCAUUGAGCCCCACAGGGGAGUGCUGCCCCCUCUGGCCUCCUGCAGCGUGGAUGUGCUCUUCAGACCCGUGGCCUGCCGGCACUUUGAGACCAUCCUGGAGCUGGCGGUUGAGAACGGGACUGGAUGCCACCUGUCUGUGCAGGCGGACGUGCAGUCUCCAUCGGUCUGCCUCCUGAGCUGUGAGCUGGCGUUCCCUGAGCUGUACGUGGGGGUGUCGGCGAGAGGAACUGUGACCCUCUUCAACCAGACCCUCCUUCCAGCACACUUCUCCUGGGGCAAGCUCCAGGGCAAACAGGCCUCCCUCUGCUCUGCCUGCUUUUCUCCUCCCACAGGCACUCUGGGCCCCAACGCUCAGAUGGAGGUUGGGGUGGAGUUCACAGCUCACACCGAUGUAGAGCUGACAGAGGUAGCAGCGAUCUGUGAGGUGAAAGGGAUGCAGGAGCCUCUUGUUCUGGGCUUCUCUGCCAAGGCCAAGGGCCUUCAUGUUUCCUACUCUCUACCUCCUGACUGCCCCACUGCAGACAGUCAGGACAGCUCAGCACUGGUGCUGGACUUUGGAAGUGAUGUGGUUUUAAGGAAAGCAGUCACCAAGCAGCUGAUGAUAACCAAUCACACAGCCAUCCCUGCCCCGUUCCACUUGGAGGCGGAAUACUUCACGGGACGCCCUACAACACCAACUCCACCAGGGGGCGCUGACUCCAGACACCAAGCCUCAUGUUUGCGAAGACAGCUACAUCCCAUGCAAGUAAAGAAGGCAGAGGAGAAAGAACACCAGGACUUUGUGAAUAGCCUGCUGGCCCAUGGAAAAGGUGCUGCAUUCUUUGUCCAGCCAGCCGCUGGGACACUGGGGCCCUUUGAGACACAGACUGUGGACAUCACUGCAUUUACCAACAUGUGGGGAGAUUACAGGGAUCAUCUCAUAUGUAAAGUGGGGGAUCUGGAGCCAGAGGCCAUCCCCAUAAAGAUGUCAGUGAGGGGCUGUCCCAUCUACUUUCAGAUGAUGGGACCACAGCUGGAGGCCCAGACCCAGGGGCCGAUCAUACGGUUUGGUGCGCAUGUCUCUGGUGGAGAUACAGUCUCACGGUCACUUCGUCUAAACAACACAAGCCCAUACAACAUCCGCAUGGACUGGGAGACCUACAAUCAGGAGAAGGGAGACAGGAAGUUGGUGGACCUGGUGGUGUGGUACGGGGAGGCCUUUCCCCUGAAGGACGCCGAUGGGAACGAGGUCCUCAGGGGUAGGCUUGGCUCCAGCCAGAGCGCCACUCCCAGUUGGGACUGGAGCCACACCCCUUGCUCCUCAAGAACAAGCUCCUCCCUCAGGAGUGAAUGUCAGCAAGAGGAGGAUGAGGAUGAGGAAGAGACGGGGAUUACUCAUCCACUCACUCCAUUAAGGAAGCUUAUCUCUGUACACCUCAGGCCUCACGAGGGCAAUGUCUCUGACUACCCAUACUGCAUCACUCCACAGCAGAUAGUGGUUCCAGCAGGGGGCAGCUCUACGAUCCAUGUGUCAUUCACACCAUUGACGUUUUCAGGGCCCACCAGUGACCCCAUGUGUUUUGGCUUUGCCUUAGGCUUCAUGAGCCUGGACUGCAAGGCGGCCUCCUGUAUUCCUGGGAAGGUUGAGAGAGCACAGGGCUUUGAGCUGGAGCCCUUGAGACUGGACCUUCAGGCCUCAGUGAAGCCUGCACUCCUAUCAGUACAAAUGGAAGAGGAAGAGGAUGCGCUUGAGUUCUGCGCCAUUGCCAGCGAUUUAAUACAAUGCAAAGUGAGGGACUCACACAACGAGCAGACAUUGAGGGAGUCCGUACGGACACGGAACUUCCAGCUGAAGAACACCACUCAGAUGCGCCUGUACUUCAAGCUCAGCACCCAGCCCCCGUUCUCCAUCCUGCUUCCUCAGAACAGAGGCAGGACCGGGAGCUCCAGUCACCACCCUGAGGAGCCCCAGUCCUUGAUCCUCCGGCCACAGCACAAUCUGCAGGUGAAAGUGGCCUUCCACAACUCCCCCUCCCUGCUGACCUAUCAGAGCCAGGCAUCUGAGCAGCUCCCGUCCACAGUGCAGCUGAUCCACACUGACACGGGGGAGAGGAAGCUUCAGUUCCAGCAGAACCUGUCAAUAGAGUACAGCAACAACAGCGUGCAGAUGGUGCCCCUCAUGGCCCACCUUUCCCUGCCUACCUUGUACCUCUCUGAUGACACCAUGGACUUUGGCACCUGCUAUGUGGGACAGACCCACAUCAAAGAAGUCUUUCUCUGCAACCGAGGAGGGUCCUGCAGCCACUGGACAGCAUUUGUAGUAGACGGAGAGACCAGUCCAUUCAGAGUGACUCCUGGCUCUGGAGUUCUGGAACAUCGUGUUGGCUCCUGUAGACAGCCUCUGCAGAUCAGCUUCAUACCCAGUGACCAAGGUGAGUCUAGAGCCACCAUCAGAGUGCAAGGGAUUCUGGGAGAGCCACCAAUCCAACUGCUGGUCCAGGGGAAGGGCUCCUUCGAUGAGAGAUAUGUGUCGCUGCUGGCUGAUGAGUAGAAGUGCAGUGCAAGACAGACCUGGCAAGCAGACAAACAGCUCUAGCACUUUGGAUGACUACAGCUACUCUGGGUGAAAACCUCCGACUCAGUGCAGUCUGAGGCUUCCUCCAGUUUCCUGUUCUGUUGAGCU